AUGGGUAAAGAUGGGAGCUGGUCGAUCGAGAUGGUGUACAUAUUGAUGAUGGUUGUCAUGUCAACAGUUGAAACUAGUUUGAGGGCCUUGAGUGGAGAAUUGAACGGCAACCUUCCUCAUAACUGGCUUGAAACCGCAAUCCGGUUUUCCAAUAAAUGGAUUACGAUUGCUCUAACAGAGGAGGGAGAGAGAGAUGGAGACGAGGAGCAAUAA